AUGAUCACCUCCUUGGUACUCCGCCGCUUUUUAAAUCUCAAUAAUGUGGAAAAGUUAAGCUCUGAAUAUUUUCAUCGUUCCAUGGGCAUGCAAAGAUCGACUACCAAGCUAGACAGUUUCGACCGAUCUCACUUUGUAGAAGUAGAUGGCCAAAGCCUACCACUCUCUCGCGAGCCUCGCCGGCCUGUUGAAUCAGAUACUUGCAUCUCUGUGAUCAAGCAAUGUGAGACCCUGAAAGCCCUCAACUCCGUUCAUGCCUCCAUGCUUCGAACUCACCUCCACCUUAAUUUGUUUUUCUUCACCAAUCUCAUUUGUCGAUACGCCUCCGUGGGAUACGUGGCUCAUUCUUAUGCUCUCUUCUCUGCAUGUGAAGCCCCCGACGUUUUCCUCUGGAACAUCAUGAUCCAAGGAUUCGCCGAGAAUGGCCCUUGUCACAGCUCUGUCGUUUUCUACCGUCAUAUGAGAGAUUUAGGCGUUUUACCCGACAAUUUUACGUUCCCUUUUGCCCUCAAGGCAUGUGCGCAGCUUCGGGACCUCGAAUCAGGGAAAGCGCUUCACGGGGACAUCGUGAAGUUCGGGUACGAUUCUGAUGUAUUUGUGACGAAUUCUCUUGUUGCCAUGUACGGUAAAUGCGAGCUGCCCCAUGUUUCACAGGAACUGUUCGACAGAAUGCGUGCAAGAAAUGUAGUUUCAUGGAGCUGCUUGUUAGGUUCCUACGUACAAAACGGGUUUUACGAAGAAGGUCUGUCCCUCUUUUCGAGGAUGUUGGACGAAGGGAUCAGACCCAAUAGAGCCACGAUUUUGAAUGUGAUACCUAGUGUGCAUCGAGAGGAUGAUGCUCGUGGCAUUUUUGAGGUUAUAGUAGAUUGUGGACUUGAUUUGGAUCAGUCUGUCCAAAAUGCAGUAGUCGGAAUGUACUCGAAAUGUGGAAGAAUUGACAUUGCUAAGAGAUUCUUCGAUGUAAUCCUCGACAAGGAUCUAUUGUCUUGGAGUUCAAUGAUCGAAGCUUACGUGAGAGCUGAUUUGCCAAUUUAUGCUCUGGAACUGUUCAAAGAGAUGGUGCUACUUGGAACUCGGCCGGACUCUGUUACCUUACUUAGUGUUGUUCGUGCUUGUUCCAAUUUGGCAUCCCUCCAUCAAGCACGUUUUGUUCAUGGUUUGGUAAUUCGGAGAUCCUUCUUCAAACAUGAAAUAGUACUUGAAACUGCAUUGAUCGAUCUCUAUGUGAAAUGUGGGAGUUUGGAUUAUGCUCGCAGAAUUUUUGAUAGACUUCAGGGAAGGAACUUAAUUUCCUGGAGCAUCAUGAUAUCAGGAUAUGGAAUGCAUGGACAAGGAAUAGAAGCACUACAUCUCUUUCAUCAGAUGAUGAAGGAUUCCGUGAAACCAGAUCUUGUUACAUUUGUCUCAGUGUUGUCAGCCUGCAGUCAUGCAGGCUUGAUUGAUGAGGGAUGGAGAUGCUUUUAUUCAAUGACAAAAGAUUUUGGGGUUGUACCCACAUCGGAACACUAUGCUUGUAUGGUUGAUCUGUUGGGUCGAGCUGGGCAAUUAAAUGAAGCUCUAGAGUUCAUUGAGGUUAUGCCAAUAAAGCCUGAUUCUGGUGUCUGGGGUUCUCUAUUGGGGGCAUGCAGAAUCCAUUCAAAUGUAGAGCUUGCAGAAUUGGCUGCUAGAUAUUUAUUUGAAUUGGAUGUUGAUAACUCUGGGAGGUAUGUUUUAUUGUCCAACAUCUACACAUCCUCAGGCAAGAGAGAAGAAGCCGAUCGGAUUAGAAGUCUAAUGAGAUAUAGAAGGGUGAGAAAAAUUGCUGGCCACACUAUUGUAGAAGUUAAGAACAAGACUUAUAAGUUUGUGACAGGGGAUCAAUCAAAUCCACAAACGGAUUUGAUCUAUGAAGAGUUGGAGAAAUUGAUGGAGAGGAUUAGACAAGAAGGGUAUGAACCAGAUACAAACUUUGUAUUGCAUGAUGUAGAAGAAGAAACAAAGGAAACGCUGCUGUAUUCUCAUAGUGAGAAGUUAGCAAUUGUGUUUGGACUCUUGAAUUCUGUCCCCGAGACUGUAAUUCGAAUCAAGAAGAAUCUUAGAAUUUGUGGGGAUUGUCAUACUGCGACGAAGUUUAUUUCUAAAGUCACUCAAAGGGAGAUUGUUGCGAGAGAUACUCACAGGUUUCACCAUUUCAAAGGAGGAGCAUGUAGUUGUGGGGACUAUUGGUGAAAGAGCAAAGAAGUAGAUAAUACCAGAUGAUCAGUGAUGCCAUUGAGCCUGUUGAUAAAUUGUGGGACUCAAUCUAAGCUGCCUAAUAGAUAACAUUGGAAAGCA